UCUUCCUCAAUUUUCAAUUUAUUUUUCUCGAGAAAACAAAAGAACCCUCAAAUCAAAUCCCAGCAAAAAUCAAAUUAGAGAGUUUUCACCAUGAUCAGCAUUCUCGCUCAGGAACGUCUUCUUGGUUUCACUCUUGGUAGCGCCUUGACUGGGUUCCUCGUUUACGAGCAGCGAAAGCUCAUCAUCCAUCAAUCUGUUUCUGAUCCUAAAUCUCAAUCCUUCGAUCAAUCUCAGGUGAGAGAUCGCAUAUUCGGGAAGAAGUAUCGUAUGGAAUUUGCAUCUCUGUGGAACAAAGCUGUGGAUCAGACUUUUGAACCUGCCAUUGAGUAUCUUAGUUCUCGUAAAUGGUAGAGAUGGAUAAUAGUUCUUUUGCUGAAGAUGUGAAACUUCUACAAGGCUCAUGAAUUCGAUUGUUGUUUUCGUGUUCUUGAUGAUACUACGAGUUUGUUUGAGAUGUAGACAACUUGGUUGUUAUGGCCUUAUAACUGAAUACAGCACUAUUCUUGUUUUGUCUACUUUCUUGAGAAGAGAAUUGUUUGUUGUGUUUUAGUUACUGAAAAUGUUAUCAGAGGUUAUUGUUGUUUUGGCUUAAUGAUUGAGAUGUUGUGGCGUA